UAUAUACAUCAUGUACACCAAACUUUCUUGUACAUCAGAUAUAUUCUCAUAAAAUAGCAGCUACAACAAUCAAAUGACUAGCCUUAAUCCAAACAAUUGGCUUUAAUCCAAUGCUAGAGUUGACUUGUAAAGGAUGACAUGGUCUCCCAUGGUGCAGAAGAACGAAUUUCACGGAAUAAUCUAAAUACUCAUUCAUUUGCUUUUGGCCAUUUCUCUUCUUGCUCAAGAGUUCAACCCAAAUUUCUCAACGUGGAUAGUGAGCACAUUUGACUGACCGCCAUAGCAACCAGAGGAACACAAAGCGGCGACCGACGAGCCAAGCAAGCAGCAGAGCAUGGACGCGGGAGAGGUGCGGCACUGGAACGCGGACGUCAACGGCGUCUCCAUCCACGUCGCCGAGCGGGGCCCCGAGGAUGGGCCCGCGGUGCUCCUAAUCCACGGCUUCCCGGAGCUCUGGCUCUCGUGGCGCCACCAGAUGGCCGCGCUCGCCGCCCGCGGGUUCCGCGCGCUGGCUCCCGAUCUCCGCGGCUACGGCGACUCCUCCGUGCCGUCCGACCCCGCCGCCUACACCAUCUUCCACAUCGUUGGCGACAUCGUCGCGCUCCUUGACCACCUCCAAGUGUUCGUGGUGGGGCACGACUGGGGCGCGCAGGUGGCGUGGCACCUCUGCCUGUUCCGGCCGGACCGGGUGCGCGCCGCCGCCGUUCUAGGAAUACCGUACUACGCUCGACAAGCUCACCCCAUCAUGGAGGUCUUCGCGGCGUUUGGCGAUGGCUUUUACAUAAAUCAGUUUCAGGAGCCCGGAAGAGCUGAAGCCGCAUUCGCUCAAUACGAUGUUGCAACUGUACUAAAGAAGUUCUACUCCAUUGAAAUAGAUGAACUCACUGCUCCUCCUGGAGUGGAGAUCAUAGACUUUCUCGAGGCAUCUCCAUCACCACUUCCUUGGCUCAGCGAGGAAGAACUGGGCCAGUACGCCGAAAAGUUUCGGAAGUCUGGGUUCACUGGACCCCUCAACUACUACCGCAUGUGGGAGACGAAUUGGAGACUUCUUGCACCCUGGAACGAGGCCAAGAUUACAGUGCCCGUCAAGUUCAUAGCUGGUGAUAAGGACAUCGGUGUCCAGUCCUUUGGGGUUGAGAAGUACAUCAAGAGUGGGGAAUUCAAGUCCACUGUCCCAGAUCUUGAAGUCGCGGUCAUUGAAGGCCACCAUUUUCUCCAGCAAGAACAGGCCGAGAGGGUGAAUUCGGAGAUAAUUUCCUACCUCGUCAGGUUUACUAGCCAGGAGGCAUCAUCUUGAUGCUUUGCUCCCAGUUGAACCUGACCAGAAAAAAAAUGAUGUGCGAUGGGACUCCAUUUCUUUCUGAACUGAAAAGGUCUUGAAUUGCCGAAUAAAGUGUGAGUAGAGUUGAAAAGGGAUGGAA